ACUCCCGCGUCUCCCGCAGGCCCCAGGCUGGAUGGGGGACGAGCUCCGCUCCCGCGCUCGCAGCGCCGUUUCCGCGUCUGCGCAGCGGGCGAGGGGCUGGAACGGGGCCGAUCGGGGAGGUGCAGGACGCGCGGGAGCCAAUGGGCAGGCUCGGGGGAGCCGGGCUGGCAGCGGCGGCCGGCCGGGCGCGCACUCUCGGGAUGGAGGGCGAGCGCCGGGCGUCUCAGCCGCGCGCCGCGGGCCUCCCAGCCGGCGGCGCCGGAGAGGAGAGCCCGGGGGAUGCCGAGCCCGUCCCGGGCAGCAGCGGCUCCUCCUCCCUGCUGCAGGCCGAGGUGCUGGAUCUGGACGAGGACGAGGACGACCUGGAGGUAUUCAGUAAGGAUGCCUCAUUGAUGGACAUGAAUUCCUUUAGUCCUGUGAUGCCAACAUCCCCUUUAUCAAUGAUAAACCAAGUCAAGUUUGAAGAUGAGCCAGAUUUGAAAGAUCUCUUCAUCACAGUUGAUGAACCUGAAAGCCAUGUUACUACAAUUGAAACUUUCAUUACUUACAGGAUUAUUACCAAGACAUCUCGUGGGGAAUUUGACUCCAGUGAAUUUGAAGUUAGGAGACGGUAUCAAGAUUUCCUUUGGUUGAAAGGAAAACUCGAAGAAGCACACCCCACACUGAUUAUCCCACCGUUGCCAGAAAAGUUCAUAGUGAAAGGAAUGGUGGAGCGCUUUAAUGAUGACUUCAUUGAGACACGCAGGAAGGCGUUACAUAAAUUCUUGAACCGAAUUGCUGAUCAUCCAACUUUAACAUUUAAUGAAGACUUCAAAGUUUUUCUUACUGCACAAGCUUGGGAACUCUCUUCUCACAAGAAGCAAGGGCCUGGAUUCCUCAGCAGGAUGGGGCAGACAGUCAGAGCUGUUGCAAUGUCGAUGAGAGGAGUUAAAAGCCGCCCAGAGGAGUUCAUGGAAAUGAACAACCUUAUUGAAAUAUUUAGCCAUAAAAUUAACUUGAUAGAUAAAAUAUCUCAGAGAAUUUACAAGGAGGAAAGGGAAUAUUUUGAUGAAAUGAAAGAAUAUGGCCCAAUUCAUAUUCUGUGGUCAGCGUCAGAAGAAGAUCUGGUUGAUAUUCUAAAAGGUGUUGCCAGCUGUAUUGACAAAAGCUGUCAAGCCACUGAAAAAAGGAUGUCUGGACUCACAGAGGCCCUUCUUCCUGUCGUACAUGAGUAUGUGCUUUAUAGUGAAAUGUUAAUGGAUGUUAUGAAAAGAAGAGACCAAAUACAAGGAGAACUGGAUUCCAAAGUUGAAAUUUUGUCCUAUAAAAAGACAGAUAUUGAUCUGCUUGUAGAAGAGAUUGGAAAACUUGAAGAUAAAGUGGAAUGUGCUAAUAAUGCCCUGAAAGCAGAUUGGGAAAGAUGGAAACAAAAUAUGCAUAAUGAUAUCAGAUCAGCGUUUACAGAUAUGGCUGAGGAGAGUAUCCACUAUUAUGAACAGUGCCUUGCUGCGUGGGAGUCCUUCUGUGCAUCGCAGACUGACCUCCACUUGGAAGAUGAACCCUAAUCCCAUUGAGCUUCUGUGUGAUCUUUGGGAGACAGCAUCUAUUCCACUAGCCAAAGUAAUUCUGGAUGGCCCAUGUCUUUUAUAAAGUGGAUCAAAAAUGUCUUGCAGUAUCUGGAAAACCAAUAACAUGAAACUCAGGUAUUCCAGAUAAUUGGUAUGAAUUUGGAGAUAUAUAUAUAUAUAUAUUUAGCUUAGUUUUCAUUGGUUUAAUUAUGUAAUUUGUAUGCCAAUUACAUAUAGAAUUUUUUUUCUUAAAUAUUUGUGGAAUAUGUCAUUUUAAAUAUAUUGUAAAGAUACAGUUUUAAUAAAAAGUUUAUUAUGAAAUAA